UUUUUUGGUUACCAGUAAUGAAAGUUUUUUUUUCCUACCUUGAAAUGCAGCGAAUCACGUCAGUGAGAGAGUUAUCAGGGAAUGAGGAGGAUCACAUACAGGCUGCUAUUGCGUGGGCCCUGGGUCAAAUUGGAAGACACACGCCUGAGCAUGCUAAGGCAGUGGCAGUCACUAAUGUGUUGCAGUCACUGCUCUUCUGUUUUCUCAGCUCUGCUAGUUCUGAAGACCUGCAAGCUAAGUCCAAGAAAGCUCUGAAGAACAUUCUUCAAAAGUGUGUCCACCUUCCUGCCCUAGAGCCCUUGUUGAACGACGCACCGCCUCACAUUUUGAAGCAUGUGGUUAGUCAGUUUGCCAAGGUACUCCCGCACGACGCAAAAGCACGCCGGCUGUUUGUGACAAGUGGAGGACUGAGAAAGGUGCAGGAGAUCAAAGCAGAGAGGAAUUCAGAGCUCAGUGAGCACAUCAACACCAUUAACAACUGUUAUCCUGAAGAAAUUGUCAGAUACUAUUCUCCUGGAUACGCUGAAAAAUUGCUGCAAAGAGUUGACCAGUACCAGCCCAGUUAAUACUUAUUUUGUAGACAACUUAAUUAAACAUGGAACCAAGAGUAUAAGAAAAAUUUCUUUUUGACAUUUUUUACGUACGAUGCUGGAUAAUUUACAAUGCUAUUAGUUUUCCUAGUGAUAGACGAGCUGCGGAUUUGAUUUCAAAGAUUUACUAUUUUUGCAGUGGAACUCUGCCCUCAAAUUGAACCCAAAUACCCUGGGAUUGACUGAAGCCAGUUUUUAUCGUGAACGAUAAUAAAAUGAACUCUGUCGCUGCCCGAUCGCAUUCUUGUGUAAUAUACUUGCAGCAUGUAAAUAUCUUGAAAAGUCGCCAGUCCUUGUAACGAAAUGGAUAAUAAAGUUUUGUUGUAUACUGUG